CAGCGACAUCUAAAAACUUUAUCUGUCACUAUUGUUUAUAUAUUCGUGAUUUUGUUUCUAACCAAACUUAAUCGUAACAGUUCUAUAAUGCUUAUAAAAUGACUCAAGCUUAUGAUAAUUAUUAUAACGAGUUUCAAAAAAACGUAGAAUUGCAGCAGAAUUUGAAGUACAAACAAAAAUAUCGACGAUUAAAAAGGAUUAUAAAAAAUACAGUUUUUGAAAAUGCUGCACUGUGCGAUCAAGUAGCGCAAAUGCAAGAGAAUCUCACGCUUGUCAAAGAAGAAAGACUUUUUCUAUUACGUAAAUUAUGUCAACAACAAGGGGACAUUGAUCCCUCUACUAUGAUAGCUAGAUCUCAAUCAACUAAUAUUAAUUCCACUUCGUUUAAUCCUGAAUCUUCUACACCUAAGAAAACCACAAAAAAAAGAGUUUCAACUGAUGGGUCAGAAACAAAGAAUAAAACUAAGCGGUACAAUAAAACUAUGCGUAAGGUGGUUCAAUUGAUACCACUGGAUAUGCAUGGAAGACCCAUAUUUCCUAUCUCCUUAGGUGAUCUGACCGUUUAUUCUCUUGGGGAAGUAGUAUCCGAUAGAAUUUCUUAUCAUACAGAAGAUCUCAUUUAUCCAGUAGGUUAUUGCAGUACAAGAGUAUAUGCUAAUUUAAGAGAUGUAAAAACAAAAAGUUUGUACACAUGUAAAAUAUUAGAUGGUGGAACAAGACCAAGGUUUGAGAUAGUGUCUGAUAAUGACUUGGAUCAACCAUUAGUAGGAUCCUCUCCCGAUGAAUGCCAUGCAAAAUUAUUAUUAGCAAUUUCUCAGACGCUUCGAUCAAUACCACCAAAGGGUGCUGACUUUUUUGGUAUUUCACAUCCUACUAUUCAAAAUCUUAUACAAAGUACACCAGGCACACGUAAACUGGCUAUCUAUAAACAACAACGAUUUGAAGUAAGCAAGAGUCAAAUAAUGGACAGAGGCUCAAGUCCAAUAAUGGAUGAUGAAACAGAUCCAGGACUAGGAUUUGCAGCUUUACACAGGCAUUAUCCUUUAGCAAAUUCUUAUAGAAUUAAAGAAGAGCCUUCAGAUCAUGAUCUCCUAACUCUUCAGGAACUACUUGCAUAAUUUUUGGAUUAUAAUUAUAAUACUGACGGUAAAAGGUGUUAAACAUCAAUAUGUAUAUAUUGAACGAUUUUACAAUACAUACUUAAUAGAAUGCAGUGUAUAAAACGAUUUUAUUUUCCAUCAAUGUAAUUUUGCAUUGUUCCAUUAAACCAAUGUACAAAUAUAAUUAUACUAAUUAGUAUUAAUAUAGUUACUUGGAGAGUGUAAUUUUACACUUUAUAAUUGAUAUAACAUUUAAUUAUAGUAGUAUACAGAACGACAUACUUUAAACAAAAUUUGCUUUAAAAUUAGUGUAUAAUCAGAGUUGCUAUACUUAAUAUUUUAUUUAGUACCAUUUCAGUACUCUAUGAAUAAUGUAAUUAAAUAAACUAACUUGUCUGAUCAUAUAGCUGUUAUAGUAAAUAUUGUCAUCACAAGUUACAAUAUUAGAGUCUCAGAAAUGACUAGUCACGGUAAAGUAAAAUUCGGCACACCAAAAUUAUAAAAUUCCUUUCAUAACCGAAGUGCAAUGUUCAAGCUUAAUAAAUACAUAAAAAAUAUAUGUAUUAAAUCAAUAUAUCUGUGAUUUUGUAUAUAUAUUCAUAUGUUAAUUUUUUUUUCACUCUUGUUUAUAUCUUUUUAAUAGCUGAUAAACUAUAAGUAUUAUAUAGUACAAAGCAAAAAUAUUUGGCUAUAAGUUUGUAAAGAUUAAAUGAAACGGAAAAUCC